AAAAUCAGAUGUUUACAGCAAUUAAAUAUCGCGAUCUACUUGGUACUUGACAUUAUAGUGAUUAAAGUUAAAAGCGCAGCGGUUGUAAAAUAUGAUGAUUGUUUCAUAUUAAACACUGAUUCUAAUACAUUAAAAUCCACACUAUCAAAGGAUACGAUAACAAAUCUAUUUAAUAAUGUAUCGAAGGCUAUUAUUGUUUUUUCCUUGCUUAUUUUUAUUGCAUUAUGUGGCACCAGAAGAGAACCCUGUGUAUGAAUAUGGACCAGAUAAUUUUAAGCAACAAAUAGAAGAAAUGGACGGAAACUUUAUAAUGUUCUAUGCCCCAUGGUGUCGUCAUUGCACAGAUUUUCACCCUAUUUGGUCAGAACUAGGAGAGCUUGUAAAUGCAAAUUCAAAGUUUGCAAUUGCUCAAGUAGACUGUACAAUACAUUCAAAAUUAUGUCAUGAAAAUGAUAUUACAGGAUAUCCUACACUAUUAUACUUCCACAAGAACUCAUUUUCACCUGUAGAAUACAAAGGUACCAGAGAUCUGCCUUCCUUGACUCUAUUCCUGAGUGAAGUUUUUGCUAUGAAGUCAGAGGGUGUAGAAUCCGAAAAACCUUCAUCGGAAGUCAAAAUUUAUAGCGGCAUGGCAUACUUAAAUGACCACAAUAUCGAAAAAUUCAUAUCUAAAGGGCAGCAUUUUGUUAUGUUUUAUGCUCCAUGGUGCAAAGCCUCUCAGCGUCUAGCACCGAAAUGGGCUGAGUUAGCCGUCCAUUUUGCACAUAAUGAAUAUAUACAAAUAGGACGAGUGAAUUGCAUGGACAAUGAAAUGACUUGUAAGAACUUUGACAUCAAACAAUAUCCUUUCUUACUCUGGAUAGCCAAUGGAAGAAUAAUGGGCAGAGCAGAGGAAGAUACAUUUGAGGAACUCAAGGCCUAUGUAGAAAGGAUGUUGCUGGCUGAAAAUCAUGAUCCAGAUAAGUUUAUGAAGAAGAAGAAAGCCCUCCCUGUCGCCAGAAUAUCUGAAGAAACAUUUGAAACCUUUUUGGAGAAGGAUUUAGUUUUCAUUAAUUACUUUGCACCUUGGUGCGCCCAUUGUAUGCAGUUGAAUCCUCUUUGGAUAAAAUUAGGUGAAAAAUUUCAAAACGAAAGUCGUGUUUUAAUCGCUGAUAUUGACUGCGUAAGGUCAAAAGCAAUAUGUGAAAUGGAAAAGAUAAAUGGACUACCAACAUUGAUUCUAUAUAAAAAUAAAAAAGUGGUGAGUGUGGAUCAUGGAGGGCGGCCAUUAGAAAGCCUUAUAACAUUGGUGAAUGAACAUCUUGAAGAUUCAACUACUACCCCGACUACAGAAGAAAACGUGACGCGAGAAGAGUUACCAUCCAAAGAUGAACUGUAAAUUAUGUUUAGGUAGAACAAUAAAAAAAAAAUAUUUAAAAAAAGCAUGUAUAUAAAAUUGUCAACAAAC